GGGAACUUUUUCCCCUUUUUGAGGCCAGGGGAAAGGGAAUGCCCAAUCCAGAGAGACAUGGGGGCAAGAAGGACGGGAGUGGAGGAGCUUCUGGAACUUUGCAGCCGUCAUCGGGAGGUGGCAGCUCCAACAGCAGAGAGCGUCACCGCUUGGUGUCGAAGCACAAGCGGCAUAGGUCCAAGCACUCCAAAGACAUGGGGUUGGUGACCCCCGAAGCAGCACCUUUGGGUACAAUUAUCAAACCUUUGGUGGAGUAUGAUGACAUUAGCUCUGAUUCCGAUACCUUCUCUGACGACAUGGCCUUCAAACUGGACCGGAGGGAGAAUGAUGAACGUCGCGGGACUGAUCGGAGUGACCGCCUGCACAAACACCGUCACCACCAGCACAGACGUUCCCGGGACUUACUAAAAACUAAACAGUCAGAGAAAGAAAAAAACCUGGAAGCCUCCAGCAAGUCGGGAUCGAUGAAGGACCGGAUAUCAGGAAGUUCAAAGCGUUCAAAUGAGGAGAAUGAUGACCAUGGGAAGACGCAGAUCUCCAAAAGCAGCAGCAACAAGGAAUCCAGGUCAUCCAAACUCCAUAAGGAGAAGACCCGGAAAGAACGUGAGUUGAAGUCCGGGCACAAAGACCGGAGUAAAAGUCAUCGGAAAAGGGAAACACCCAAAAGUUACAAAACCGUGGACAGCCCCAAACGGAGGUCCAGGAGCCCCCACCGGAAGUGGUCGGACAGCCCCAAGCAAGAUGAUAGCCCCUCAGGAGCUUCUUACGGCCAAGAUUAUGACCUUAGUCCCCCGAGAUCUCACACCUCUAGCAAUUAUGACUCCUACAAGAAGAGUCCGGGAAGUACCUCAAGAAGGCAGUCAAUCAGCCCACCUUACAAGGAACCUUCGGCCUACCAGUCCAGCGCACGGUCACCCAGUCCCUACAGUAGACGACAGAGGUCUGUGAGUCCCUAUAGCCGGCGACGUUCUUCCAGCUAUGAAAGGAGUGGCUCUUACAGUGGGAGAUCACCCAGUCCCUACGGCCGAAGGCGGUCCAGCAGCCCUUUCCUGAGCAAGCGCUCUCUGAGCCGGAGUCCGCUCCCCAGUAGAAAAUCCAUGAAGUCUAGAAGUAGAAGUCCUGCAUAUUCAAGACACUCAACUUCUCAUAGUAAAAAGAAGAGAUCCGGGUCACGCAGUCGACAUUCCAGUAUCUCACCUGUCAGGCUUCCACUGAACUCCAGCUUGGGAGCUGAACUCAGUAGGAAAAAGAAAGAAAGAGCAGCUGCUGCUGCAGCAAAAAUGGAUGGAAAGGAAUCCAAGGGUUCACCUAUAUUUUUGCCUAGAAAAGAGAACAGUUCAGUAGAGGCUAAGGAUUCAGGCUUGGAGUCUAAAAAGUUACCCAGAGGUGUAAAAUUGGAAAAAUCUGCCCCAGAUACUGAACUGGUGAAUGUAACACAUCUAAACACAGAGGUGAAAAGUUCUUUAGAUACAGGGAAAAUAAAGUUGGAUGAGAACUCUGAGAAGCAUCCUGUUCUUAAAGAUUCAAAAGGACAGGGAACAAGAGACUCUAAACCUGUAGCACUGAAAGAGGAGAUUGCUACUCCAAAAGAGACAGAGACAUCUGAAAAGGAGACCCUUCCACCUCUUCCCACAGUUACUUCUCCACCUCCUUUACCAACUACUACCCCUCCACCUCAGACACCCCCCUUGCCACCUUUGCCUCCACUACCAGCUCUUCCACAGCAACCACCUCUGCCUCCUCCCCAACCAGCAUUUAGUCAGGUUCUUUCUUCUAGUACUUCAACUUUGCCCCCUUCUAUUCACCCAAGGACAUCAACUCUGUCCUCUCAGGCAAAUUCUCAGCCCCCUGUACAGGUUUCUGUGAAGACUCAAGUAUCUGUAACAGCUGCUAUUCCACACCUAAAAACUUCAACGUUGCCUCCUCUGCCCUUCCCACCCUUAUUACUGGGAGAUGAUGACAUGGAUAGUCCGAAAGAAACUCUACCUUCAAAACCUGUAAAGAAAGAGAAGGAACAAAGGCCGCGUCAUCUACUCACAGACCUCCCUCUCCCUCCAGAGCUCCCUGGUGGGGAUCCAUCUCCCCCAGACUCUCCAGAACCAAAGGCAAUCACACCACCUCAGCAACCAUACAAAAAGAGACCAAAAAUUUGUUGUCCUCGUUAUGGAGAAAGAAGACAAACAGAAAGUGACUGGGGGAAACGCUGUGUGGACAAGUUUGACAUUAUUGGGAUUAUUGGAGAGGGAACCUAUGGCCAAGUAUAUAAAGCCAAGGACAAAGACACAGGAGAGCUAGUGGCCCUGAAGAAGGUGAGACUGGACAAUGAGAAAGAGGGCUUCCCAAUCACAGCCAUUCGUGAGAUCAAAAUCCUUCGUCAGCUAAUCCACCGAAGUGUUGUUAACAUGAAGGAAAUUGUCACAGAUAAACAAGACGCGCUGGAUUUCAAGAAGGACAAAGGAGCCUUUUACCUUGUAUUUGAGUAUAUGGACCAUGACUUAAUGGGACUCUUGGAAUCUGGUUUGGUGCACUUUUCUGAGGAUCAUAUCAAGUCAUUCAUGAAACAGCUAAUGGAAGGACUGGAUUACUGUCACAAAAAGAAUUUCCUGCAUCGGGAUAUUAAGUGUUCUAACAUUUUGCUGAACAACAGUGGGCAAAUCAAACUAGCAGAUUUUGGACUUGCUCGGCUCUAUAAUUCUGAAGAGAGCCGCCCUUAUACAAACAAAGUCAUUACUCUGUGGUACCGACCUCCAGAACUUCUGCUGGGAGAGGAGCGUUAUACGCCAGCGAUAGAUGUUUGGAGCUGUGGAUGCAUCCUUGGGGAACUGUUCACAAAGAAGCCAAUUUUUCAAGCCAAUCUGGAACUGGCUCAGCUAGAACUGAUCAGUCGACUCUGUGGUAGCCCUUGUCCAGCUGUGUGGCCUGAUGUUAUCAAGCUGCCCUACUUCAAUACAAUGAAACCGAAGAAGCAAUAUAGAAGGCGCCUACGAGAAGAAUUCUCUUUCAUUCCUUCAGCAGCACUUGAUUUACUGGACCACAUGCUGACGUUAGAUCCUAGCAAACGUUGUACAGCUGAACAGACCCUACAGAGUGACUUCCUUAAAGAUGUCGAGCUCAGCAAAAUGGAUCCUCCAGACCUCCCCCACUGGCAGGAUUGCCAUGAAUUAUGGAGUAAGAAACGGCGACGGCAGCGACAAAGCGGUGUUUUGGUAGAAGAGCCACCUCCACCCAAAGCCUCUCGAAAAGAAACUAUCUCAGGGACAAGUGCUGAGCCUGUGAAGAACAGCAGCCCAGCACCACCUCAGCCUACUCCUGGCAAGGUGGAGCCUGGGGCUGGGGAUGCAAUAGGCCUCGGUGACAUCACACAGCAGUUGAAUCAAAGUGAAUUGGCAGUGUUAUUGAACCUGCUGCAGAGCCAAACCGACCUGAGUAUUCCUCAAAUGGCGCAGCUGCUUAACAUCCACUCCAAUCCAGAGAUACAGCAGCAGCUGGAGGCCCUGAACCAAUCCAUCAGUGCCCUAACAGAAGCCACUCCCCAACAGCAGGACUCAGAGCCCACGGCCCCAGAGGAAUCUUUGAAGGAGGCACCCCCUGCCCCAGUGGUCCAACCUUCAGCAGAACAGACAACCCCUGAAGCUUCAAGCACACCAGCUGACAUGCAGAAUAUGUUGGCAGUUCUCUUGAGUCAACUAAUGAAAACCCAGGAGCCAGCAGGCAACCUGGAGGAAAACAACAGUGACAAGAACAGUGGGCCACAGGGGCCCCGAAGAACUCCCACAAUGCCACAGGAGGAGGCAGCAGCAUGUCCUCCUCACAUUCUUCCACCAGAGAAGAGGCCCCCUGAGCCCCCCGGACCUCCACCGCCGCCACCUCCACCCCCUCUGGUUGAAGGCGAUCUUUCCAGCGCCCCCCAGGAGUUGAACCCAGCCGUGACAGCCGCCUUGCUGCAACUUUUAUCCCAGCCUGAAGCAGAGCCUCCUGGCCACCUGCCACAUGAGCACCAGGCCUUGAGACCAAUGGAUUACUCCACCCGACCCCAUCCCAACAGGACUUAUGGAAACAAUGAUGGGCCUGAAACAGGGUUCAGUGCCACUGACACUGAUGAACGCCACUCUGGUCCAGCCUUGACAGAAUCCUUGGCCCAGACCCUGGUGAAGAACAGGACCUUCUCGGGCUCUGUGAGCCACCUUGGGGAGUCUAGCAGUUACCAGGGCACAGGGUGGCAGCAGCAGUAGGAGUGAUGGCCCCUGAGGAAUUUGGUAAUGUCCAUCAAUUACCUGACAUCCGGACCCCUGCAAAAUUCAGUCUCUUUCACAGACUUUAAGGCCAGGUUUGAUGGGAGAUCCCCCCCUGUCCAAACACUGUGCAAAGACAUGAGAAGUAGAGGUCUGCCAGCCUGCUUAUUUCCAUCCUCAAUGCCUAGAACUGGACAGGUCACCAACCUACUGUGCCUACCCCUACCCUUCUUGCUGCCAGAUGUGAAAACAGAGACCCAGAGAAGGGAAAUCAGUUGAAUCCUGCCCUGGAGUUGCUUUUGUUCCUGGAUUUGGAGAGUUCCUGGGAACACAGGGAAAUUGUGUCCCAUUGGUUGGUGAGAGAGCUGGAUGUCUGAACCUCCCACCUCAACACCUCGAAGGUUAUCAUACACAUGCCCUCUCUAGCUCCCAAAGCCAUGGAAGAAGUGAAGGAAGACAUUUCAGAGGUGGCAGCGCCAUGAUGUCCAUCAGUACCCAGGGAGAGAAGCCAAGGAGAAGAAACAGUGCCCAGAGAGGGAACCAGGAGGAGAUGUGUGCUCCUGAAACAGCCUUCUUACCCCAUCCCCUCCCCUGCCCCCUCUAACAUGCCAACAAGGCUCUGUGCCCAAGUUGUGCCAGCUCUCCUGGCUGGUGAUCCUGCUCUGCCGUACAGGCAACUGGCCCUCUGCUCCAGCACAGAGCACAUGGUGGGGUCUCUCGCACUUCUUUCUAACUCAUCCCAGUGUGUCUGUGGUGCAGAUUCCUAGGGAUGCAGGAGGGGGCUGUGGCCCUGCGAGUAGGAAGACCGUGGGCUCUGGGACCCUUUAGCUGACUCCACUCCUGGCUACCUCAUGCCCUCCAAUCUGAGAAGACAUGGUAAGUAGUUGUCUGUUCCCUAUACUUUUCUCUCUCUCACUCUCCUCCCCUCCUCCCAACUCCCAGCCAAGAGUUACCCCAUUUGACCUCUUCCUACCAGUGAAUGCCAUCAGGAUCUGAACCUGGAAUCCCCUGCUUCCUCUGAGAAUGCCACUCUGGCUCUGAGACUGACUCACCAGUCCUCAUCCUCCACAUAAGUAUAGCCAGGCCAAGACAGGUAUGUCCACUGGCACCAAGGCCCCUGACUUGAAGCAAAGGGCAGCCCUAGGGGUACAGUGGGGCUUGGCCCUAAAUGCGUAUAUGCCUGUGUAUUGGGCACACUGGUUUAUUAGUGUUAUUUCAGCAUUGUGAUGCAGAGAGAGUAAGUGUAACAGCUGCUCCUUGCUUGCAGUGUUUAUUGUUACCUAGAGACAACCUCCUGGCUUUUUCCCAGCUCCCCCCCCCCCCAGCCCAACCCCCUCCCUGCCAACAGUUCUCCUCUCCCCACACUGAAGGGAAAUUUAUAGCUUGCCAUACCAUGCCUUUAACUCUCUCCUGUCCAUAAGGUAGAUGGGCCAAGGGAAGCCAAAGUGAGCUGUGAGCAUGCUUAGGCCCUGGCAAGGUAGAAUAGUGUGUGGAGGAGGGAAGGAAGGAUGGAGGGAGGGAAGACACCUCUUGUUCCCAAUCUAUGUCCAGACUCAGGCCCCAGUUUCCCUCCUGGCUCUCAUGUUGAGAGAAAAGAGCUUUGGACCUAGUCUUGGGAUCCCAGGCUCUUCCUCACAAGAUUAUUCUUUUUCCUCAGGUUAUUCUCUAAGCUCCUCCCAUUGGGCUGGCUGGUCCUGAGCAAGUACAGCAAGGUAGUAUUGAGACGGGAGGAAUAAAUGCAGAGUGGCAGAACCCCCAGAUCCCUCCUUUCUAUAGAGAUGUCACAUUGCGACAAACAAGAGGCUCUGGCGUGAGGGAUGCUGGCCAGACCUCCACAGCUGGAUAGAUGUCAAACAUGAAGCUGGCUGCUGAGCCUGGUGGGGAAAACUGACCACCUUAACUUCACCCUGAGCCCAGGACUUAGGUCCUGAAAGAGUCCCAGGCCGUCCUCCAAGUUGGUCUCCUUGGUCUGGGUAGGCUACUCUCUCCGCUUUUCUUCCUGGUCCAUUUUCUGCUGCUCAUCUUUUGGUUUGAUACCUUGGGGAAGAUCCAAGAGACCAAGGAACUGAGGCCUCAACAGUCCUGGGGAAAGAGAAAUUCCUCGAUCCCCUCCUGACUGAGGACCUUUCAUAGAGGGGCACAAUGUCAUAUAUUCACCAUCCCCACUGGAAACAAGAGAGGAAAAGGGAUUGGAUUUUAGCAGAAAAGAUAGAGGUUAGACACAUGGAAAAACUUACUCAUGGGAUAUAAGACUUCAGAAUGGACCCACUUCUCUUUAGAGAUUUUUCUUUUGCCUGGUAUGAAUUUAAGUCUGUGUCCACCCAAGGGGCAUUGGAAGAACAAAGGGUACUUUUCUGGGGCUCCUCCAGAUGUGGUCCUCAGUGCAGUUCCCUCCUCAGUUCUUCUAAACGUAGUAUGUGUGGUGGUUAGAUUGUAAGUUUUAGAGGCCGACAGCCUUGAGUUCCAAUGCCAGUGCUGCCAUUUACGAGCUGUACCACCUUGGUAAGUCGUUUAACCUCUUUUAGCCCUAGUUUCCUUGUCUGUGAAAUGCAGAUAAACAACCUUUUAAGGUGGUGUAGAGAAUUUAGUGAAAUAAUGUGUGUAAAGUACCUAGGACAGUGCCUGAUACUGCGUAGGUGCUCAGUCAACAGUGGUUGAUACAAUAGAGUCUAUUAAUUUUAUGGAAUCAUCACGGCUGACAUCGUGUCAAAGACUCUAUGAGUCCCCUGGAAUUAUAGGCCAAAUGUGAGUAUGUGCGUGUGCUGGGGAGAAUGUCCAUAGUUGUAUUGAUGAUUUGGAGCAGGGGGUGGCAGUCUCCUGGAAAGGAAGUAGCCCCAAUCCUUUGACUCAUACUCCCAAAGAAGUCAGUUUCCCCAUUCCCAUGCCUCCAGCUAGGAGUUCCUUAGGUAGUGUUCUGCCUGGAAGUACAGCUUCAUCUAGGAUGGAGCUGGGAGAGACAGCCAUUAAGAUAGCAACACACACACACACACACACACACACACACACAAAAGAUAGCAACACAGAGGAAUUCCCUGGCUGUCCAGUGGUUAAGACUCUGCGCUUCCACUGCAGGGGGCAUGGGUUUGAUCCCUGGUCAAAGAACUAAGAUCCUACAUGCUACAUGGCGCAGCCAAAAAAAAAAAAAAAACAAGAUAGCAACACAGAGCACUUGCCAAGCACUUUACAGUUUGUCAAGUGCAUUUACCUACAUUAGCUCUUUUAAUACCCAGAACAUCCCAGUAAAGUGAACUACCAUUUAUUGACUGCCGGGCGUUGUGCUCAGUGUAUUUUUUUUUAAGUAUGUUUAAAGUCUAUAGAGUAUUUCAUCACCUAGAUAUGCCAUGAUUUAUAAAGCUCAUCCACUAUUUCAAUCAUUUAGACAUGUUUACUGUUAUAAAUAAUACCAUGAUGUACAUCCUAUCCUAAAACUUCAUGCAUUUUUUUAAAAUAAAUUUAUUUAUUUAUUUAUAUUUAUUUUUGGCUGCGUUGGGUCUUCAUUGCUGCACGCAGGCUUUCUCUAGUUACAGCGAGCAGGGGCUACUCUUCGUUGUGGUGCGCGGGCUUCUCACUGCGGUGGCUUCUCUUGUUGUGGAACACAGGCUCGAGGCGCGUGGGCUUCAGUAGUUGUGGCACACGGGCUCAGUAGUUGUGGCUCGCGGGCUCUAGAGCACAGGCUCAGUAGUUGUGGCGCACGGGCUUAGUUGCUCCGUGGCAUGUGGGAUCUUCCCGGACCAGGGCUCGAACCCGUGUCCCCUGCAUUGGCAGGCGGAUUCUUAACCACUGCGCCACCAGGGAAGUCCCCAUGCAUUUUUUUUUAUAGUUAAUUCCAAGAAGUAAAAUUAUUGGGUCAACAGAUACAAAUAUCCCCCCUCCCCAUAGGUAUGAUCACUUUAUUGAUGUACCAUAAUAAGAAUAAUAUUUUUUAAUCUUCCUCUUUGGAAUUCUUCAAUGGAAACACAUGGGCAGCCCCUUCUUUCUCCUAAACCCAGCAGAAACAUUAAUAAUCUAUCAUAUCCUUUUUUAAAAAUUGAGGUAAUUGUAGAUUCACAUGCAGUUGUAAGAAAUAAUACAGAGAGAUCCCUUGUACAUCUUGCCCACAUUUACCCAGUAGUAACAUUUUGUAACUAUAGUGUGACAUCAUAACCAGAAUAUUGACAUCAGUUCGAUCCAUAUUUCCCCAGUUUUACCUGUGUAUGUGUGUAUAUUAAGUUCUAUGCAAUAUUGUUACCUGUGUAAAUUCUUACAUCUGCCACUACAGUCAAGAUACUGAACCGUUCCAACACCACAAGGAUUCUUCAUGUUGCUCUUUUAUAAUCAUGCCUGCAUCACCCCCUUCUUAACCCUUGGCAACCACUAAUCUAUCCUCCACUUCUAAAAUUUUUUCAUUCGAAAAAUGGAGUCAUACACUAUGUAACUUCUUAGGAUUGGAUUUUUUCACUCAGCAUAAUUCUCUGGAUAUCCACUCAAGUUUUUGAAUGUAUCAAUAGUUUGUUUGUUUCUUUUAUUUAUUUCAUGAUAUGGAUGUACCACAGUUUAACCAUUCACCUGUUAAAGAA